UUACGCGCGAAAAUGCAGGGAGCGUGUCGCGCCGCGCAGGCGUCGUGCAGCCGGCUGAGCUGGACGCAGACGCGCGGGAUGGCCAUCUCCGUCGCGCCGCCAAAGUACCCCAUGCCCGGCCGCACCUUCAGCGGCAAAAAGGCAGACCAGUUCCAGUGGUACACCGAGAUGCUCGCCGCCUCCCACACGUCGCCCCUCCUCGUCCUCAACUUCCUCGAGUUCCGCGCGGACAAGCUCGUCAAGUUGCGCCAGGACAUCAUCGAGGCCUCGCGCCGCGUGCACAAGCCUGCGCCGGACGUUCCGCCACGUCCGACGCCAACGUUCACCGCCGUGCGCUCGAGCAUCUUCGGCGCGGCUCUGCGAGACUACCCCAACCUCAACCUCGACACCGUGCAGCAGAUCACGGAGGGUGUCUCUGGCCCCGUUGGCGUACUCUCCCUCGCAUCCCUCGACCCGCCAGAGUUGAGCGCUGUCAUGCGCGCGCUCGACCGCAACUUCCCCCCGAAACCACCCAAGACCCCGGAGGAGCUGAAGGCGGAGGAGGCCGCGAAGAACGCAGACCCCGCGACACCAGGAAGGAGGGCGAAGCGCCAGCGUCCAAUCCGCAUACCGGAGAUCAGGCUGCUGGGCGCGAUGAUAGACGGCCAGAUGCUCGCUGCGCCACGGUUGAAGGAGGUCUCCCAGCUGCCGCCGCUGCGCACACUACAGGCGCAGCUCAUCGGCUUGCUCUCGGCGCCAGCAAGCCAGCUUGCGAUGGUUCUCAGCGAGGCGAGCGGAGGGAAGUUGCAUCGGACGUUGCAGGGGUUGCAGAAGAGCUUGGAGGAGCAGGAGGUUGGUCCUUCGGCAUAGGUCUACUCGCUUGUGCGUCGCGUACUGUAUACACCCCAUUCCUCGGAGCGCCAACUCGUCUGCAACAGGUUAGUCGAUCCAAAUUUCGUCAAGCCGCGCGGGCAGAUAUU